AUGACGCCCUCGCCCGGUCCCCAGAUCAACACCACCGAGGUGCGGCGGCCUCGCUCGAGCCAGACCGUCUCUUUCUCCGUCGACGAGGGCAACAACUCCAGCAGCCAUGGCGCCGACUCGACGAGUCUGCAGUUGGCCGUCUCCGAGUGCAUAGAAACCACGACGACAACCACCACCACGACAACCAAACGCACUUUCCCCCCCGUCUACCUGCGCGAGGUUCGCCCCCUCCACGAGCUCGACUCCAAGGAAUAUCCGCUAGCCUCCAAACCUCUGCCUCCCGAACUCGCAAACUUCUCCUUCAGCGUCACCGGUUCAUCCUCCGACGCCAUGGCAGAUAACCCCUUUGUCUACAAAAAGCACUCGCUGACAAGGGUGGUUUCGCAGCGCAAGACGCCGCUUGCUGCCGACAGGCAACCCGCGGGUAUCCCCAAAGAAGACGACUCAAGCCAAGAGUCCCCUCGACGCAUCGCCAAGUCUCCCUCCGAUGCCUAUCAGCGGAGAUCGCGCCGUUCGAAUCCUCGUGAACCCUCGCCCUCCUACAACCCGUCCCCCGUCCUGCCUUCGCGCCCGUCGAGAAAUCCCAGACCCACCGGUCUCGCCUUCCCCGAAGACCACUCCCAGCGGCUUCGACGUCAGCUCACUCAGGGCAAGCAAAGCGGCUACUUGGCCACCCCAGACACUUCCGAAGUCGUUGGCAUCAGUUCGGAACGUGGAACCCGACCCCGAUCACUUCAUCUCAGCCGCGCGAGCCAUACGCCCCCCGAGUCGGGUCCGAGCCAAACAAACCUGCAGGAGGCUGCCAGCCCUAUCGGCAGCGACGCGGUCACCGUCUUCAGCAGCAACGUCGCCACUCCUCCCAUCACCGAUGCCGACCCCGAGCCCUUCGUCGACGACGAGUCGCUGCAGCAGUCCAUCAGAGCCGUCGGCCACCGGCCCUCCAUCGACGCCGUGGCUGCACAGGAUGCGAGCCUCCCUAGUCCGAGACUUUCGCCGACACUCGCCGCCGCCCAGCUGAACUCGAGAGACUCUGAUGAUGAAGAUGCAGGGUCGCCGCAGAGCAGCAUCGUCGCCAGACGAAAUGUCAGCUUCCGAGAUCAGUCGUGGCUGAACGAAUCGCAGACGACCGAGGAGGGUGGCUACGUCUCCGACAUGUCCAUGGUUGCCGACGACAGCUCAUCCCAACUUGACAACCUCGACGCCCACACCGCCAUGAUGAACGCACGCUCCAUGAUGGAGGGCUUUGACUCCAUGCCCAACGAGAUGAAGAGCUUCAUCAUGUACAAUCUCCUCCGCCGCUGCCCGCGAAAGACCCUGCGUCUCGUUGCCGAUGUCGUGACCCCCGCCCUGAAGUGCGACUUCUUGAAGCAACUCCCUCUCGAGCUAAGCUUCCACGUGUUAUCAUUCCUCGACCACCGUGACUUGUGCAGAGCUGCGCAAGUAUCGAAGCAUUGGCGAAACAUUGUUGACACGAAUGAAACCGGAUGGAAGGAGCUGUUCGACCGUGACGGCUUCACACUGCCUCCCGGGGAACUUGACAAGGCGAUCAUCCAGGGUUGGGGCUGGCAAGAUCCUGUUGGCGUCACAGGCGCCGAGGUCGACUUGAGACCGUUGAACAGGCUGGAGUCGACCGACAAUGAACUUACAAAGGCCGUCGUAAAGACCGAUUCGACGAUCAAGCUCCGAAGCUCCAAGCGCAAGCGGGCGCUCAACAUGUCGAGCGCCGACCGAUCGAAGCGUAGAGCCAGCGGCCAGGACGCCGCUCGUCUGGAAGCUAUGCAGUCGGAAGUCAAGCAGCACAAGUCUGAGGGGCCGCUCUCGGCUGCUAAUGCCGCUGCGGCUGCUGUGCCCAACCCCAAGACGAGCAUUCCGGGUCUUCAGAAGCUGCACCUUUUCAAGUCUCUCUACCGACGCCACUACAUGAUCCGGCAGAGCUGGACGAGUGGAAAGGUGAAGCCCGGGCACGUCGCCUUCGCCGCCCACCCCCGCCAUGUCAUCACCUGUCUGCAGUUCGACGAGGACAAGAUCAUUACAGGAAGCGAUGACACCCUGAUUCAUGUCUACGACACCAAGACUGGCAAGCUCCGCAAGAAGCUCGAGGGCCACGAGGGUGGCGUCUGGGCUCUGCAGUACGAAGGCAACAUGCUUGUGUCUGGAUCGACCGACCGAUCUGUUCGGGUGUGGGAUAUCGAAAAGGGCCUUUGUACUCAGGUCUUCUAUGGCCACACUAGCACUGUUCGAUGCCUGCAGAUUCUGAUGCCGACCGAGACCGGCAAGGGACAUGAUGGUAAGCCCAUCAUGAUGCCGCCGAAGCCUCUGAUCAUCACGGGAUCUCGCGACAGCCAGCUCCGUGUCUGGCGCCUGCCCGAGGUUGGAUCUCGCCGGUACAUCCAGACCGGUCCCCCGGCGAACGACGCUGACUGCCCCUACUUCAUCCGCACGCUUUCCGGGCACACCCACUCGGUCCGCGCCAUUUCCGCCCACGGUGACACACUUGUCAGUGGUAGCUACGACAGCACAGUCAGAGUUUGGCGCAUCAGCACCGGCGAAUCCCUCCACGUUCUGCACGGCCACUCGCAGAAGGUCUACAGUGUUGUCCUUGACCACGAGCGCAACCGCUGCAUCUCGGGUUCCAUGGAUUCGUUGGUCAAGAUUUGGGACCUCAAUACUGGCGCGUGCCUGCACACUCUCGAAGGACAUAGCUUGCUUGUUGGGUUGUUGGACUUGCGCGACGAGCGACUGGUGUCAGCAGCUGCCGACAGCACUUUGCGAAUCUGGGAUCCGGAGAACGGAAAGUGCAAGAAUGUCCUAACGGCCCACACGGGCGCCAUUACAUGCUUCCAGCAUGACGGCCGAAAGGUCAUUUCGGGAAGCGAGAAGACGGUGAAGAUGUGGGACAUCCGCACCGGCGAGUGCGUACAGGAUCUCUUGACCGAUCUCAGCGGAGUUUGGCAAGUCAAGUUUGACGAGCGGCGCUGCGUGGCUGCCGUCCAGCGUGACAGCUUGACUUAUGUCGAGAUUCUUGACUUUGGUGCUGUUCGUGAUGGCAAGCCUCUUUCAGAGCUUGGCGAACGCAAGCUUCUCAACGAGCCAGAAGUCCGAGCGCUUCUGGCUGAAGACUUAUGA